UGCAGCCAUUUUCUGCUCUUUGUGUGGGGUGGUGGAUUAGCAGCACUGUGGUAUAGGAGCGGAGCGGAGCGAAAACUAGAGCAUCAAUCGGUACCGAAGACGAGGAGGGGAAAAAAAAGCCCAGUGGAUCUCCGUCGCACACAGACACACCGUCCCGCCCGUCUCUGGAGCUCUCCGGACGGACAUGCAAUAUACAGACUGGGGUGUUGUGUGAGUGACGCCUUGUUACCAUGACGACCCACGUGACCCUGGAGGAUGCCCUGUCCAACGUGGACCUGCUGGAGGAGCUGCCUCUCCCGGACCAGCAGCCAUGCAUCGAACCCCCUCCCUCCUCCAUCAUGUACCAGGCUAAUUUUGACACCAACUUUGAAGACAGGAAUGCAUUUGUGACCGGCAUCGCCCGUUAUAUAGAGCAAGCUACGGUCCACUCCAGCAUGAAUGAGAUGCUGGAGGAAGGACACGAGUAUGCCGUGAUGCUUUACACCUGGAGAAGCUGCUCCAGAGCUAUUCCCCAGGUGAAAUGCAAUGAGCAGCCCAACAGAGUGGAGAUCUAUGAGAAAACGGUGGAGGUGUUGGAACCUGAAGUGACCAAGCUCAUGAAGUUCAUGUACUUCCAGCGGAAAGCCAUAGAACGUUUCUGUAGCGAGGUGAAGCGUCUGUGUCACGCCGAGAGAAGGAAGGACUUUGUGUCCGAGGCCUACCUGCUCACUCUGGGCAAAUUUAUCAACAUGUUUGCAGUGCUGGACGAACUGAAGAACAUGAAGUGUAGCGUUAAGAAUGAUCACUCUGCCUACAAAAGGGCAGCUCAGUUCUUGAGGAAGAUGGCCGACCCUCAGUCCAUCCAGGAGUCCCAGAACCUCUCCAUGUUUUUAGCCAACCACAACAGGAUCACUCAGUGCCUGCACCAACAGUUGGAGGUGAUUCCUGGCUACGAGGAGCUUUUGGCAGACAUUGUCAACAUCUGUGUCGACUAUUAUGAGAACAAGAUGUAUUUGACACCCAGUGAGAAACACAUGCUGCUUAAGGUGAUGGGCUUUGGUCUGUACCUGAUGGACGGGAACGUGAGUAAUAUCUAUAAACUCGAUGCCAAAAAGAGGAUCAACCUGAGCAAGAUUGACAAGUUCUUCAAACUUCAAGUGGUGCCGCUGUUUGGAGACAUGCAGAUAGAGUUGUCGCGCUACAUCGAGACGAGUGCCCACUACGAAGAAAACAAGUCCAAGUGGACGUGCACCCAGAGCAGCAUCUCGCCGCAGUACAACCUGUGCGAGCAGAUGGUGCAGAUCAGAGAGGACCACAUCCGCUUCAUCUCGGAGCUGGCGCGCUACAGCAACAGCGAGGUGGUGACGGGCUCGGGCCUGGACAGCCAGAAGUCCGACGAGGAGUACAGGGAGCUGUUCGACCUCGCUCUGAGGGGCCUGCAGCUGCUGUCCAAGUGGAGCACGCACGUCAUGGAAGUCUACUCGUGGAAGCUGGUCCAUCCUACGGAUAAAUUCUGUAACAAGGACUGUCCGGGCACGGCGGAGGAGUACGAGCGAGCCACGCGAUACAAUUACACCAGUGAGGAGAAGUUUGCCCUGGUGGAGGUCAUCGCCAUGAUCAAAGGGCUGCAGGUUCUGAUGGGCCGAAUGGAGUCAGUGUUUAACCAGGCCAUCAGGAAUACCAUCUACGCAGCGCUGCAGGACUUCGCCCAGAUGACCCUCAGAGAGCCUCUGCGCCAGGCUGUACGCAAGAAGAAGAACGUCCUCAUCAGUGUUCUUCAGGCCAUUCGAAAGACUGUCUGUGACUGGGAUGGGGCGAGGGAACCUCCAAAUGACCCCUGCCUGAGGGGGGAGAAGGACCCGAAAGGUGGAUUUGACAUCAAAGUGCCCCGCAGGGCUGUAGGACCCUCCAGCACACAGCUGUACAUGGUGCGCACCAUGCUAGAGUCAUUGAUAGCAGAUAAGAGCGGGUCUAAGAAGACUCUCCGCAGCAGUCUGGAUGGACCCAUUGUGGUGGCCAUAGAAGACUUCCACAAACACUCCUUCUUCUUCACACACUUGCUCAACUUCAGCGAGGCCCUCCAGCAGUGCUGCGACCUGUCCCAGCUGUGGUUCAGAGAGUUCUUCCUGGAGCUGACCAUGGGUCGCAGAAUCCAGUUCCCCAUUGAGAUGUCAAUGCCCUGGAUCCUCACCGACCACAUCCUGGAGACCAAGGAGCCCUCCAUGAUGGAAUAUGUGCUGUAUCCUCUAGACUUGUACAACGACAGUGGCUACUACGCUCUCACUAAGUUCAAGAAGCAGUUCCUUUAUGAUGAAAUCGAGGCCGAGGUAAACCUCUGCUUUGACCAGUUUGUCUACAAGUUAGCAGAUCAGAUAUUUGCCUACUACAAAGCAAUGGCUGGAAGCGUCCUCCUAGACAAGCGCUUCAGAGCAGAGUGUAAAAACUACGGUGUGAUCAUCCCGUACCCUCCAUCGAACCGCUACGAGACACUGCUCAAGCAGAGACACGUACAGCUGCUAGGUCGCUCUAUCGACCUGAACCGUCUGAUCACCCAGAGGAUCUCGGCAGCGAUGUACAAGUCCCUGGACCACGCCAUCAGUCGCUUUGAGAGCGAGGACCUCACUUCCAUAGUGGAGCUGGAGUGGCUGCUGGAGAUCAACAGACUAACCCACCGGCUCCUGUGCAAGCACAUGACCCUGGACAGCUUCGACGCCAUGUUCCGCGAGGCCAACCACAACGUCUCCGCUCCCUACGGACGAAUCACUCUCCACGUCUUCUGGGAGCUCAACUUCGAUUUCCUUCCCAACUACUGCUACAACGGAUCCACAAACCGCUUUGUACGUACAGCCAUUCCCUUCACCCAGGAGCCUCAAAGAGACAAGCCAGCCAACGUGCAGCCUUACUACCUGUAUGGGUCCAAGCCUCUGAACAUUGCCUACUCCCACAUAUACAGCUCUUACAGAAACUUUGUUGGCCCGCCCCACUUCAAGACCAUCUGCCGUCUCCUUGGUUACCAAGGCAUUGCCGUAGUGAUGGAGGAGCUGCUUAAGAUUGUCAAGAGCCUGUUACAGGGCACCAUCCUGCAGUACGUGAAAACACUGAUAGAAGUCAUGCCCAAGAUCUGCCGCUUACCACGCCACGAGUAUGGCUCCCCAGGUAUCUUGGAGUUCUUCCACCAUCAGCUCAAGGAUAUCAUUGAGUAUGCUGAGCUGAAGACUGAUGUCUUCCAGAGCUUAAGGGAAGUGGGAAAUGCCAUCCUCUUCUGCCUGCUCAUCGAGCAAGCUCUGGUGGUAAGGAUUUAGGUUUUAUCUUUGGUACCAAAUUAACACAGAGACGGAAUGAUUUUUCCUCUUUUAUCUCUUGUUGGUUUGGGUUGCUGUGUUUCUGUUUCUUCUUCUACUAUGUUAGUUUGGCACACACGGUUUCACCUCCAACCAGCCAUGUAAGCAAAGGGACUGUUGUCUUUUUAUUUGACUAAGAAUUAAGUGAAAAUAUAAUUUUUAAAGGAAAGGAAGUGUUUGUAUUUGAAGACAGACAUUUGAUCAAGACAAUUAAACAAGUAAAAACAUUAAGAAGACACACAUUUGGCUUCCAAAUGGUUUUCCAUGGAAAAGUUGGUGGUACAUUUCUGGUUGGUUGUUGGUGCAGUCUUGUGCUUAACUCUGCACUCUCUUCUGGUUUGAUCGAUGCCUGAUGACAAUACUCAGCUCGCACUCUUUCUACCAUCUCUGUCUGACUGAACUAGCCUGUGUGUGUAUGUUGAUUUGGACUACCUAUAAGUGUGCGUGUGUGUUUUUAUCAUUGCAUGACUACUUUCUCAUCCUUCACCCUUUAGUUUCAAGAUGCUGCUUCUCUGCAUUUAGUUUGACUUAUAGCUUGUUGUCUUGACUAACUAACUCACAAUCACCAUGACAACCACAUGGAUAAUUAAGAAUGACCUCGCAUAGCUAGAAUACCACUAACACACUGACAUUUUACCCAGAAGAUGGAUGUAAACUUCCCAAACCAGAUUAGAUGGGAUGUUGUGACAAAUGUAUAAUCCUGCUAAUGUUGGCCUGUCAUCAUGGCAUGGUGAUAAACAGACACUCAUUCAGUUAUCUUAUCUCUUUCUCUGCAUAAAGUGUUGAGUAAUCCAUCAGAAUACUCCUGCAGCAUGGAGCUCACGGCAGUGAUCUUAUAACUUUAAGCAUUUAAAUGCUUUAAAAGAUGUUGUUCUUUAGUUGUAACCAGGGUCUGAAAUUAAGUUUUUUCCUCACGUGCCACUCUGGCAGGUCACUGAACAUUUCUACUAGCCACACAAUUUUUUUGUCUGCCACUUCUGAAAUCUAUGCAGAGUACUUUAGACUUGUAAACACUAGGUCUGUGUAUUAGCAAUAAUCUGGCGAUACGAUACGUAUCACGAUACAGGGAAUAUGAUUCAAUAUAUUGCGGUACUGUAAGCAAGGCAAUAU